GCCCAUUGCAGCAGACGUGCUGGGCUAACGCGGGUGUCUGAGAGUUACAUUACAGAAAUUUAGAUCAAGCCGCUCACCAUGUCUUUACCAGCCACCACCCCCGCCGUCGCCGCCGCCGCCGCCGUCGUCCCCCCCGCCACCGCCACAACAACCACCACCACCAAAGAAGAAGAAGAAGAUUAUGACCCGUACUCAUAUACCAAUGACUACGAUCUUCACACUGGUGACCCCAAAGCUGACCUGGCAUACGAGCGCCAGUAUGAGCAUCAGCAGACCUAUCACGUCAUCCCCGAGGUGAUCAAGAACUUCCUGCAGUACUUCCACAAGACCACUUCAGACCUCGUCGACCUAAAGGUGUAUGAGCUGCAGGCAAAUCGUGUGUCCAGUGAGGCAAUCGAGCAGAAGAUCUAUGAGAUCCAGGACGUUUAUGAAAACAGCUGGAACAAGCUUACCGACCGAUUCUUCAAGACGUCUCCCUGGCCUGAGGCUGAAGCCAUCGCCUCCCUGGUGGGCAACGAUGCCGUGUUCUUGAUUCUUUAUAAGGAGUUGUACUACAGACACAUCUACGCUAAAGUCAGCGGAGGUCCGACUCUAGAACAGAGAUUUGAAUCAUACUACAACUAUUGCAACCUAUUCAACUACAUUCUCAAUGCUGAUGGCCCUGCACCUCUGGAGCUUCCCAACCAGUGGCUUUGGGACAUCAUUGAUGAGUUCAUCUACCAGUUCCAGUCCUUCAGCCAGUACCGCUGUAAGACGGCCAAGAAGUCUGAGGAGGAGAUUGAAUUCCUUCGCAACAACCCCAAGAUCUGGAACGUGCACAGCGUGCUGAACGUGCUCCACUCUCUGGUGGACAAAAGCAACAUUAACCGCCAGCUGGAGGUCUACACCAGCGGGGGAGACCCAGAAAGUGUAGCUGGAGAGUAUGGCCGCCACUCGCUCUAUAAGAUGCUGGGCUACUUCAGCCUGGUUGGGCUGCUGCGCCUGCACUCGCUGCUGGGGGACUACUACCAGGCCAUCAAAGUGCUGGAGAACAUCGAGCUCAACAAGAAGAGCAUGUAUUCCCGUGUCCCUGAGUGCCAGAUCACCACCUAUUACUAUGUGGGCUUUGCCUACCUGAUGAUGCGGCGUUACCAGGACGCCAUCCGUGUGUUUGCCAACAUCCUGCUCUACAUUCAGCGCACGCGUAACAUGUUCCAGAGGUCCACCUACAAAUAUGAGAUGAUUAACAAACAGAAUGAGCAGAUGCACGGCCUGCUGGCCAUCGCCCUCACCAUGUACCCCAUGAGGAUCGACGAGAGCAUCCACACCCAGCUGCGCGAGAAGUACGGCGACAAGAUGCUCCGCAUGCAGAAAGGAGAUCUGGCUGUGUUUGAGGAGCUCUUCAGCUUCGCCUGCCCCAAGUUCCUGUCCCCGGUGGUGCCUAACUAUGACAACGUGCACCCCAACUACCACAAGGAGCCGUUCCAGCAGCAGCUCAAGGUCUUCGCCGAGGAGGUGCAGCAGCAGGCCCAGCUCUCCACCAUCCGCAGUUUCCUGAAGCUUUACACCACCAUGCCCGUGGCCAAGCUGGCUGGGUUCCUGGAUAUGUCGGAGCAGGAGUUCCGCAUCCAGCUGCUGGUCUUCAAGCACAAAAUGAAGAACCUGGUGUGGACCAGCGGCAUCUCCGCCCUGGACGGAGAGUUCCAGUCUGCCUCCGAGGUGGACUUCUACAUUGACGGGGAUAUGAUUCACAUCGCAGACACCAAGGUGGCCCGUCGCUAUGGAGACUUUUUCAUCCGACAGAUCCACAAGUUUGAGGAGCUGAACCGGACCCUGAAGAAGAUGCCCAUGACCGGCACCACCACAAGUAGCACUGCCGCCACCCGUUCAUGAGUUUGAACCAGGCAGUCAAAGAUGGAUUUCACUGUUCACACAAGUCUGACCAACCAACCAGAGCCCUUCUUUCUGAACACCCAUUGUCAAGACUUUCUCAGUUUUCCGGUAGUGUGUUCAGAUUAUGUGAUGCUUUUUUCUUUUUACGCAGAAAAUGGAAAUAAAUUUUGAAGUGGUGAA